CUGACCCAGAGUUCUCACACCACAGAGCUGCUCGCACCAUGUGGAGGACGCUCAUCUCCUCGUGGAAAACUCAGGGGCCGGUGCUGCAGAUACUCUUCCUUGUGCUGGAAUACUGGCCAGCGCACAGGAGAUGCACCUCUGAUGGGGAUGACACGGAUGUCUUUGCCCUGGCAGCAACUGUGGCACUCUGGGAGAUCCUCCAGCUGUCCUGGUUCCCUAGUGGAGUGAAGGACAAUUCCCCCCGCCUCCUUCUGACUCUGUUCUUCCAAGUUUUCAUCAGCACAGAGGAGAUGUCAGAGGAGGUCGACACGUUCUGGAGGCGCUGCCGGGAGCAACGCAGCCUUCCCACCGCCCCCAACAGGUUUGCAGUGCAGACCAUUAAAGCCCUGCUCGGCCAGCUGGUGGGUGAAGAUGUGUUGCUGGAAAUAGAUCGCAAGUAUGCCUGGGACACGCUCCUCAACACUGACACCCACCACUAUGCAGUGGGAGGCCGUGUGGCCGGGCUGGCAGCGCCGCUGCGGGACACCUGUGCCUCUGGGGCCCUGACACGCUCUGUGUUCCCAGGGAUCGCCGGCAGGUACCUGAGGGAGGAGCAGCAAGAGCUGCAGCUCAUCUACCAGGCCCUUCAAGCCAUGACUGAUGACAGCCCUGCCAUCUCAAACCUGGCAAGUCAAACAAUCUACAUCAUCAGACCUGUCCGGAGAGCUUCAUUCUUCAAAUUCUGGUAGACUCCAUUCCUGCCUGUUCCAGCCCUUUGAGUCGU